AUGGGGCUUUGCUUCAAGCGGUUGCAUGAAGAGUAUCCAGAGAGUUUGAACAAGGUUGUGGGCGUGGAAGGCAACCUCACGGACGAAAAAUUGGGCUUGAAAUCCAGUGACUACAAAAGCCUCGCUUCAGAGGUGUCGGUUGUGUUUCACUGCGCGGCAACUGUCAGAUUCAACGACACCUUGAGAAACGCUGUGAAGAUCAACAUGGACGGUACAAAGAGUGUGCUGGAGCUUUGCCAUAACAUGAAAAAUAUGAAGGUGAGCUCAAUUCGUUUCGUAGAAAAAAAAAACGUACUUUACGGUCUCGUAGAAAUGGCUUGUCUGCAUAAUUCGAAACGGCGGAUGUCAAGCUACGACACCGGCCGUUGUAAUUAA